GGUUUAUCUUUUCCGCGAUAGCCGAUUGUUUAUUCGUUAAACUGACUGCACUCAACCUUAGUUAUUUAGUUUACAAGAUUUAAUCAAUGAAAACAACAUUCAUGUGAUGUUUCUCAAAACAGUUUCUGUGUUUUUGUGCCUAAUAGCAUUGGGAAAAACUAAUAUUGUUUUUCAACAGUGGCUAGUUAAAAAUGGCAAUGGAUCUUUUAUUGACCUUAAGGCCACAGUGCCGGGCGGAAUUUAUACAGAUUUAAUGAACAACAAAAUUAUUGGUGAUAUUUUUUACGAAUACAACGAUGUCAAUUAUAGGUGGGUUGCCAAAGAAAACUGGACAUACUAUACAAAAUUUACAGUUCAAGAUGAUUUUUUGAAAAACGAGCACAUAAACAUCGUUUUCGAGGGCUUGGACACUUACGCCGAUGUAAAAAUAAACAAUAUCACAGUGGGAAAAAGCCGAAAUAUGUUUGUCAAGUAUAUUUUUGAUAUUAAAAAAACACUUAAGCUGGGAUUAAAUACGUUGGAGGUGGAGUUUCGCUCCCCCUUGGAGAUGGCUUUAAAGUUGGCAGAAAUUCAAAAUAAAAAUUACAAUAUACCCCCUCAGUGUACCCCGGAAUCCUACCAUGGGGAAUGCCAUGUGAAUUAUUUAAGAAAAAUGCAAGCUUCUUUUGCAUGGGACUGGGGUCCAGCUUUUCCAUCUAUGGGAAUAUGGAAGGAUUUUAAAAUACGAGGGUACAACAAAAAUUUAGUGGAAUACGUUGUUGCCGAUGUUACGGAAUCCAACGACCAAUGGAUAGUAAAUGUUGAUGUUUACUUCACCAACGAUACAGAACAUGCAGAUGGAGAUAUAUACUAUGAACUCGAUUUGGAAUUCAAAAAAAUCGAAGCUGUUUUACAAAAUAAUGUCACCAAAAAUGAAUAUGGCGAAAUUGUUAGAACAUUUUCUUUUAGCGUGAAUAAAUAUGACACUAAAUUAUGGUGGCCGAACGGUUAUGGGGCCCAACAGUUAUACAAUUUAAAAAUUCACUAUGCAAAUAAAAAUAUGGAAGAAUAUGUAGUAACUAAACGAAUAGGAUUUAGAACGAUAGAAUUAGUUCAGGAAAAAAUAAAAAAUGGUCUUACAUUUUACUUUAAAGUAAAUAACGAACCAAUAUUCAUAAAGGGUGCUAACGAAAUCCCUAUAGAUAUUUUACCGGAAAAGGGACUAAAUAAAGAAAAAAUAAAAAGACUUCUUACAACAGCUUAUGACUCACAUAUGAACAUGUUACGGGUUUGGGGUGGUGGGGUAUAUGAAUCCGAUUAUUUUUACGAUGUGGCAGAUGAGCUGGGAAUUUUAAUAUGGCAAGAUUUUAUGUUUGCUUGUGCUCUGUAUCCUGUAGACGAAGGAUUUUUAACUAAUGUUGUGGACGAAGUUCGUCAUCAAGUAAAACGACUCUACGGACAUCCAAGUAUAGCUCUAUUUGCUGGUAACAAUGAAAACGAAGCCGCCAUAGCUCAAAACUGGUAUCAAACCAAUGGAAAUAAAAAUCAAUUUGUCAAAGACUAUGUAAAACUGUAUAUAGAUACCAUUGAAAACGAAUAUAAUCGUUUAACAAAUUUUAGAGGUUUAUUUUUAAGCUCUAGUCCUACCAAUGGUGAUCAGUCUAAAAAUGAAGGCUAUGUUGCCAAGGAGCCAGGCAGCAGUUUCUAUGGAGAUGUUCAUUACUACAACUACGUCUUGGAUUCUUUUAAAAUUUCUACUUAUCCAAAACCUAGAUUUGCGUCCGAAUAUGGCUAUCAGUCAUACCCAAGCUUUAACACCAUGCUUACUACAACAAAAGACAUUAAAAACCUAAACCUAAGUAGUGCUUUUAUGGACCACAUUCAGCACCACCCUGUUGGUAACAUUGAAAUGAAAACUCUUAUCGAUUAUCAACUUAAAUUGCCUGAUAAAAAUCACCCCAACUACACAAGAGCUUUUAUAUAUUAUUCACAGAUUAUACAGGCGAUGUCGAUAAAAAUCGAAACUGAACACUAUCGAAGUCUCCGUAGCGAUUUGGACGCUUCCGGUCAAGGCCAGACUAUGGGCGCCCUCUAUUGGCAACUUAAUGACGUUUGGGUGGCACCCACCUGGUCAGGAAUAGAUUAUUUGGGAAAAUGGAAAAUGCUUCAAUACUAUACAAUGGACUUUUUUGCACCUGUAAUCGUUACAGGCAGUGUGGAUGCUGCUAGGAACUUAAACAUUUACGUAGUGUCUGAUAAGUUAUCAGAAUUAUUGGAUGUUACUUUAUAUUUGGAAGUUUAUAACUGGAACUCUACAGAACUAAAGCCAGUAAACAUUAUGGAAAAAGCUAUUGAUAGUAUUAUGCCUUCUUCUUCAAUGACGAUACUAAAUUUUCAAUUAGAUAAAUAUUUAAGUAGUAUAGACAAAUGUCAAAUUUCAAACUCAUUACCUAAAAAUAACUGUUUCAUUCAUUUGCGUCUUAAAAUUAAUCACAGCAAUAUUUAUCCAGAAAAUUUUGUGAUACCAGGCAAAAUAAAGGACUCUAACAUCCCAAUACCAAAUAUACAGAUAUCAUAUGUAAAAACAAUAGGCGUUAAAAAAUUUGAAAUCGUUUUAAAAACCGAUAAAAUAGCGCUAUUUGUAUGGCUGGAAUCUCAUCCAAUCAAAGGAAGAUUUUCGGAAAACGGAUUUAUACAAAUAAAUAGCACAAAAACCAUUUAUUUCUACAGCGACGAUAAUGUUACCCUGGAAAAUUUUAAAUCUGGUUUAUACUUGACCAAUUUACUUGAUACACAUUAUUUUUAAACAAUAAAAAUUAAAUACAA